AUGAGGGUCAUAGGUCAUAAUAAGUGUAAUCGCUGGUAUUUCAAGUUCAAUGGAAACGAAUGUAGUGGACCAAUGACGAUUGAGGCUGCUGUUUUCAACUACUGGUCAUCAGGGAGCCCUAUUAGUGAUCUGCAUCGUCAUCGGUCAUUUGAGGGGUGCUGUGACAACAUUCCACAAGGGACGGUUAAAGUGGAAUUAUGGGUAGGGCUUUGCGGUGGCGGAUACUUGGGUGAUGCUUACACCGGAUGGGAGUCAGUGCCCCGGAUAAUGAUUGAAGAAGUAUCUAGGCCCCAGUCAUAAUCUGCCCCAGUCUUUGGCCAGGUUUUUUUAUUUCAGUUAUUUUCUCUGAUGUUUUUUUAAGUUCUACAGUUGCCGAACGCCAGUGUCAAAGGAUUGCAAGAUCUCUGCACGUGUAAUUCGCAUCGUCAUAUUUCAAAUAAAUGUUAUUGA